GUUACGUGAACGAGUAACACAAUAUCUAGCAACAAAUUCCGUAUGAUCACGGUAUGGCGCCGUUCGCUUUCCAGAGCUAUCCGUAGCCGCUUUUUUCAAGCACCAUGAACACACGCUCAUGGUGUGGAUCGAAGAAGCUCAGUCCAGGUGAUAUGGAUUCGUUGCCAGAUGUAGCCCCAGGACUCGUAUUCUCACAGGACUAUGUGGAUCAUAUAUGUAGCUUCUUCGUCCGUAAUUCUGUUCCAUUAAUCCACCACUUCUCCAUUCUGGCCUAUUCACUAUUAGGGGUGGCUAUGUUUGUUUGGAUAUACUUGCGUCGUGCGUUGAUAAAGUGGCAUGGACGAAUCUGGUAGUAAUCCUUGAGCCUCUCAUCUCUAAUAUGGAGGACGGAUAGACGAGCUCGCCUUUGGAAGACUUAGCAGCCGCCUGAAUCAUUCGGAAGAUCGCCGUCACGCAGCUCUUAAUCGAA